AUGGUGGAAUCAGAGAUGGAGGCGGAGGCCGACGCGGAGCAGCUGGAGGAGCCGCGGGAGUUGGAGUUGUGGCGGCCGCCCAUGGCAUUCGAUGAAAAUGGAAACGUGACCGCUACUCGUCAUAGGAGUAUCGUUUUGACAGGGCGAGGCCGCGAAGUGAAAAGAAGAAGGGCGAGGCGCGGGCCCCACCGCCAGGGAGGCAACCGAGCACACGCCGCCUUCGUUUCCUCCCCAAACCCCAAGCCCAAUUCGCGGGGCACGCACGCUCUCCUCCCGCUCGUUGCCGCCGCUCACCAGGCGCGCCCUCUCCCGGACCGGAGCCCUGCGGGAGCACGGCGCCAUCCGCCCGCGCGCGCCACCGCGCCGGCAUUGCGAGGGAACCGCCCAGGAGCACGAACGCCGUGGCCCCGUCUCGGUCCGCCCCACCCCGCCCCCUUGGUCCCUGCUCCAGCCGUCCAGCGCCGGUUGGACCCCGCGAGCAAGCCGCGAGUGCCAGGGAGUUCAGGGUGUACUUCUGAGGGGAGCGUAUUACUUCUGAUUGAGCUGAGUUUCGUCAGCUGUAUUACUGAUGUAACUUCACAGCAGCAAAGAAAGAGCGUCAUGGUUGAGAAGGCAAGGUUGCUGUUUGUUCCUACAGCUUCCUUUGAUCUCAUUACUUAGAAUCACCACCUCCUCUUCUGUAUCCCGCCGCAGGGUUCACCGUGGGUGUCUAAUACAAGGUAUAUGCUCCCUGGACUUCCUCACUUCUGUUCUUUUUGUUUGCAUUG